UUAUCUCUCUCCUCAUAAGAUAAAGGCUAUGUGGUAGAUAUUUUAAUGAUAAAUCUAGAUACAACCCCCCCUUGCUCACUGGGAAUUGAGUAACAUUUUCCUUUUUUCUGGAAAAUUCAGGUUUGAGAUUUGAUGAAUCUGUAAUGGCCAAUUACAGCUCCAACUAUUAUUAUGAAGCUAAUUCUGGAUUACAAUUCUUUCCAAUACGAUUCAGCUCCAUGUUAUGGUGCUUAUGAUCCUGAAAUUGGUCGCUCGGCUGUUGCAUACUCUUCGUAUACUUCCAGUGAGCCUAACUAUGUUGAGUAUGCCCUAAACCCUUAUGGUGAAGAUUAUGGUACUGUAAAGACUCGGUUAAUUGUCUCAUAUUCUGUCUCAGAGUUCAAUGAGCCUGAAUUUGAAGAGUAUGAUCCAACGCCUUAUGGCGGUGGUUAUGAUCUUGAUGCAACAUAUGGCAAACCCCUGCCCCCUUCCGAGGGAAUAUGUUAUCCACGUUCAUCAGGGGAUCCGAAUGAUCAAUCCUUGAAAACCUUUUCUUAUGGGUCUAUAGAGUCGCCUUAUGGGAAAGGAGUUGAUAAACUGGUAGAAAAGCCUAGCAAUGGAAGCAAAACAGCCACAGUCAAGGACCAAGAGCAGCAAACCCAGGGAAGUAACGAAGUUGGUAAUGUGGGUUCUAAUGGCAGGCCUGUAGAGUCAUAUCAAGGUGAAGAGAAUAAGGAAAGUUACACUGAUGGUUACCCUUAUGGUGCUGAAUAUGAAAAGAGAGUGUCUCAAAUCCCUCCAGGGUAUGGCUUAGAAGCAAUGGACCUUUGUGAAAGUUUGUUUGGUUACUGGCCCUGCCUGGAUCGUGCAAAGAGAGAGAACGAUUAUCGAAAUUGCUAUGGUCCUCAAGGAGUAAACUGCCCAUGGGAGGAGACUGCAGACUAUCUUUUUGGUAAUUCGUAUCCUUAUGGUGAAAGAUGGGGCAGUGGAGGUAUUUACGAGAACCCAAUCUUCAAUUACGAAAGGCAUUAUCAGGGACAACUUAUAUCAAGGCAGAUGGAGUAUCAAGAGGAACAUUCAUGGUUGAAUUAGUUUCCUUGUUUUAGAAGGAAACAUGUAGCAGUAUGAACAAUUCCAUCUGUAAAUAAGUCUGUGAUUUUCCCACUAGAUCCAUAAUCCGCGGUCGGUAUUAAUUUUAGUUGUUGCUGAAUAAUUCCAAGAACUUCUUUUUCAAAUGUUUUAAGCAAUAUACUUGCUGUAAAAUCUGUAAAAUUGCAGAUGAUACUCGAAGAAAAUGCUUUCAUUAUGUUCUGGUCUUGCCUCAAAUAAAUAAAGAUUGUCCAUGUUUAACAA